AUGCUGAAAAGUUUAUUUUACACAUAUCUGGAAAUAUUUUUACCAGGGUUUGCUAUAGCACGAUCAGCUAUUUGUUUUCUUACUCGACAAUCUUUUCCUCAAACGGUUGAAUUUGCUUUUGAGCUAGCACAAAAUAUACCAUCUGUAGACGUUUUUGUUAUUGUUGACAAUAGUACCCAUACUACACUUCCGAUAUUAUCAUCUAUGCUUCGAUUUCUUCAAUUUGAUGAUACUAUUUGUACAAAAUAUGGUUUUCAAAGAGCCAAUGUUGCUGUUUCUGUUGAAGAAGAUGUUUUUAUUUCUUCGAUUCAAGCAUUUCUUUCUUUACAUGAACUUUAUUCAUCUUACUAUGAUUUUGUUACUGCUGAGGUUGAAUAUAACAUACACGGAAAUUCAACUGAAUGGCCUCGUUGGCGUUUGGCAUCUGGAACAUUCAUUCUUCCAUGGGCUCAUGGAAUGGUAUGUGCUAUGGGUUAUAAUCAUAUGAGAAUUGUGACACCAUUAGAAUUAGAUACAAUUGUUUAUCGAGAAAACUAUACAUUUGAACAGAUACAAGCACGACCAAACAACUGGUGGUAUUCAAUCAAUAAUUUUGAUCAACAAAAAGAAUGGCGAAAGCGGUUAAUCAAUAAUUCUAUGAUAGACACAAAAGGCGUUCUCAUAACAUUAAAUUCGAUAAAGAAGCAAUUAAAUUAUAAUGAUAUUACAAAAUCUACCGAUGACAUCGAAAGUCAAAUGUUAAGUCUUCUUGCUCAAUUUGAAAUUGUAAAAGGGCAUAUAAAAUCAUCUAGUCGACAUCAACUUCGAGAAGAAUUUCUUCAGCUAAUUACGAAUCAAUCUGAUAAGUUGACAUCUAUAGCAGUACUUCUUGCUGAUCAUGCAUUUAAAUUUCCACAUUGUAUGCUCCUUUAUUUAUGA